CAGGCUCGUCAAGUCGAAUCCAUCGCCUAUCAUGCUUUGAUCAACGAAGGAGGUCGCCCGUCACAUCCGCUGAGCCACUUGCGGACCAUUGUUGCUUCACCUGGCCAGUAUCGCGACAUUUUGGCAUUCUGGCAAGACCAGUCAGACGAGUGGCAGGUUUUUGGCAAGCAACUAUCAAGAUGGCAGAUGUUUCGAGCCCACCAGAGAGCAUCUAGAGAGCCGGAACGAUUUCCCAGUUACGUCGAAGAGCUCAAUGAACGGCUUGAGCGCCACAACUUUGAGCUUCCUCACUCAUUUAAAAAGUCUGAAUCCGGAUUCAGCAGGCAGCUAGAUAGACAAGACAAGCUAGCAACAUGGAUUGAAUACUUGAAUUACGAAUUUACGAGGCAUGACGAAUAUGACAAAUGGCUGGAGACUUGCCAGCCGGGCUAUGAUGCAGCACUAGCCCAGCUGCUGGAAGCACACGUUUUGAGACCAUUUGAGAAGAUACGGACACCAACAACCGAUAUUUGCCGCCCAACUAGCAUCGAGAUCACGAGGAGGAGAGAAGAGCGUCGCAAGGCAGAAGAGGAAUGUGAGAAUGCAAAGAAGCAGAUCCAGUGGAGAAAUGCUCUCGGCAAUCCCCAAUCGGAAGAGGAGGAUCGUCAGCUGGUGGAAGCUAGGGAACGACUGAGGUCUAUUCAUAAACGGACCUAUGUCAUUGCUGAUUUUGCUCGCAAGACACACGCCUAUCGUUUCGCUUUGGAUAGGUCGGAGCGUCACGAGCUGCUUCUUCGCUGGGCCUUGGACCAGAUUCCCAUGAUUGAGGAAGAGAUCAAGCAGUCAAACACAUUAAACAGAGUGCAAGUCGCUUCUCAAGAACAAAGCCGGCCGACAAAACCAGCGUUUCAUCGAUUCAAGCAGCUCCCACCAGAAAUCCGGCAUCGAAUAUGGGCUGAGCUGCUUCCCAAAAAGCCAAGUGUGCACUUUUUCGACGUCUUGAAUCACCAGCGGAAGCGCCAUCUAGCUACCUCCUGGUCGAGCGAAGAAUUCCGCGUGCGGGCCACCACGGCUCGCGACUCUGGCUAUCGACCGGUAUACACUCUCUUAUCAACCUGUCGAGAAUCACGACGCGUUGCCCAGACGUACUACACGCGCCAAUGGCAAGGCCUGACGUGCGCUGUGACAGGUUCAAGGGUUAAAGACUGCACUCACGCACCCGAUUUUCGCACCUUUGACUGGAUCCCUCCCGAAGACUUGAUUGUCUUGUGCUUCCCCCCAAUUCAAGUUGCCAAGCUUCCUCCUGGGAAUGCAUUUACCCUUUCGCCUGGGGUAUCACAGCCGGCAAGACGAAUUGGUGUAUGUGUACCAACGGAGAUUAUGAGCAUGCAUAGCCUCCAUCCUGACGAGGGCGAAGGCGAAGACGACGCUGCGCAAUUGUCCCUGAUACCAGAGUUCAUUGAUAAGCUUCACAGGCCGAUUCACCCUGACCAUAAGUGGGACGCUAGAUAUAGGGGAAUUUGGAAGCUAUAUCUCAUUGUUGAGGGAUGGUCUCCGAAUCAUUUGAGUAUGCAGGUGACAGCCGGCAUUGACACGAACAGGCCAAUACACAAGUGGUCCGAUAAACAAAUCAGCUGGCACUCCCAAGCAGCAAAGAAAGACGAGCGUAAAACACAAUGGAAGAAUAUACUCGGAUCCAUAGAUGAUGGAUCAGCUUCCGAAGGGAAGAACAACUACUGCAGUGGCGAUACUAACAACAGCCGCGAUAAGCGUCGGCUAUGGUGGCUUGGCUCAAAACGCCCGGCCCUGGGAUCCCUAGACCCCGAAGAUCUGGUUCAAAAGCCCCAAGCAAAGAGGCUAUGUGAAUUCAUGGACACCCUAGCAGCAGAAUGCGAUUUACAGCCGUGGAAUAAGGGCUUCGAAGGCGUCGAGGCUUUGGGCUGGCUCCAGCCAGCA